AUGUUGUUGUCCAUAUGGAUUCCAAAUGCUGUUGGGAUUAUUUUAGUAUCUGUUGAAAGCGUUUGCUACCUAACUACAACCUGUUUUUAUUUCAAGAUCUACUUAGCUGUACGUCACCACAGCAAUCAAAUUCACGUCCUGCAAGCACAGCUAGCACAGAAUAAUGAGGGAGACAUGUCCAAUACUACGAGGGAGAGAAAAGCUGCAGUUGGUACAUUCUACGUGUAUCUUGUGUUUCUGAUUUGUUAUCUGCCAUCCACGUAUCUUUGGAUUAUUUACAUAAGCACUGGACCAAGUACGAUGCUAUUUCAGUUUGGACUUUAUACUAACACGCUGAUUUACCUCAAUUCAUAAAUAAAAUAAUUAAUUCAUAAAUUCAUAAUUCAUAAAUUAAAAAAAAACUAUGAAUUUCAUUUCAGAUGCCAGGUCAAUCUUCACCAACAUCUCUGCUCUGAAACGGUGACAGAGUGCAGAGUGAUGGGCUGUGGAACGUUGGUAAAGAGAAAAAAUUUGAAUGCCCAUUUAAUGGAGGCUGCCACAGAGCAUUUCGCCCUGCAGUCGAACGAAAUCAUCAAGCUGAAGCAAUCAAUAUUUAACAAGGUAAGGAACCAAAAAUACAAUAUUCAAAGGCAAUAAAAACUGUACCAAUUAACCAAGAGAAUUUGGUUAGAAAAAAAAGCGGCGUCCAGUGGAAAAUAAGAAUGACUUAAAACAUAGGCUUUCAAUCAAGAACACCUUUGGUCAGACCAAAAUAUACAGUAACUGAACCAAUAAGGGAGACUGCAAGCAUCCCCUGUAUCUUCAUGUUGAAUCCCCCUACUAAUUAAGAAAAGUUCAAUACAUAACAUAUCUAGUGCUCUUAACACACAGGAAAAAAUAACGGAUUCCCAUUUUUAGAUAUUUUAGGGUAUUUAAAGAAUACCCACAAAAAUCCCAAAUUUGGAAGAGCGAGACUAGUCCCAAUCCAAUCAGCGAACUUGUUUGGGAAUUCCCUGGUUGUGUUAAAUUUGUGAUUUUUAUUGUUGUUCUUUAAAUACCCUAAUAUUACAGUAUAGUCCAUGCAGUUCAAGAAAAGGGCCAGUCUUAAACUAUUAAUUAUUCAGUAUAAUGUUACAAUUUGAAUAACAAUAAUUUGUGCUUAGAUUCUAUCAUAAAUUCAUUGCAUAGAUAGACACACAGCUUUAAACUUAACACUAUUAUGUUUCUUUUCUUAAGACAAGUAAUCCAGUGGCAGUUAAGGUGAACAGGAUUGACUCCUUUUGUUGGAGUAUCACAAACUUUCCUCGAAACCUUCAAGUUCAAGGUGCUGGCAUAGGCGGAAAGGACCCGAUCACAAGUCCACACUUUAUACACGGAGGACACAAGUGGAGGGCUUUAUUCACCAUUGACCAAGAAUUGUUUCUCCAGCUGGUUGAAGCCGCACAUCCAAUAACCACAGAAAUCAGGUAAGAACAUGUCAAAAGUAUCUGUUUAGGUGGGGAAAUAAGACAUGGGGCAGAUCCUGAAAAAAGAGCAAUAUUGGGGAAAAUAAUAAUUUAUUAAAAGAAUUAAUGUUAUUCACCAGUGUGCAGUAAUACAAACAUGCUGUUUGAAAGCAACCUAAUUUUAAUUUCUAGACUGAUAUAUUUGUGUAAGCAAGGAAAAGAAACUGCACAGUGAUUCUUGGUCAAUACAAAAUUAUUAAGGAUUAAUGACUUGAUAGAACAAUGGAUCAUCAAACAAAACAACAUGUUGACCAUAUUGACAACCAAUAACAGCUAGACAGAAAACAGCUAUCAGUAGUGGCCAUCUAUGUGGGUGGGGGGGGUGGAGCAAUGUCAUCCCUGGGAACAUGCCAUCAAGUGGAAAAAUAACAGAUUCCCAUUUUUGGAAAUUCUAGGAAAUUCUAGGGUAUUUCAAGAAUACCCACAAAAAUCCCAAAUUUGGAAGAGUGAGACAAGUCCCAAUCAGGGAACUUGGUUGGGAAUUCCCUGGUUGGGACUUGUCUCACUUUGCCAAAUUUGGCAUUUUUAUGGGUAUUCUUUAAGUACCCUAAAAUAUCCCAAAAUGGGAAGCCGUUAUUUUUUCCUGUGUUAUUGUUAGUCAUGGACAGGGGGAUUUAUGAUAUUAUAGUGCAAUUGUCCCACCUCUCAUGACUCUAAUUGAGUUCCUUUUUUAACAUGUUUACAGUAUUUGUCAUGAUUUGUUUCCUGGGGGUUGACGCCCUGGUUGAUGAGAAGUGCAUAAUUACUUCCCAAUAACUUUGAUGUUUCUCUUCAAAGGAUCGUAAUGUCAGCUGGUGAGGAAACAGAGACUACCUUCCGCUCAGACACAGUCAUCCUGAAGGAAGGAGAAAUGUGGGGGAGAAGAAUGAGUGACAUAAACAGAUACGUAGAUGGGGAUGGAAAGGUGGAGAUCAAAUUUAUAAUAUACCAUCUUGACCUAAAAAUGUGAAAAAAACCUCAUACUGUACACUGUAAAUAGUCAACCAGGGCCAGGUUGUUCAAAGUUGGGUUAAGAUAAUCCAAAACUCAAAUACCAAAGCUUAAAACACAAAUUCAGUCUUACUCUUUUUGUCUACAAUUUGAUGCUUGGAUACGCUAAAGAAACUAGCGUAAAUUAUAAAAUUUAAAUUAUAAAAUUUAAAUUUAAAUUUUAAACCGAGUUUCAAACUCGGUUUAAAAUUUAACCCCGGGUUAGCACUAAUCAGCCUUAAAAAAAGAAAAAAAAUGAACAUAAGAUAUUCCAUUGAUCACAAUGAAAAAGUUGUAAAGAGGAUAAGCUGGCAGACCAAGCUCUUCUUUCUUCUUUUCAUUGAAUAGAAAAACACUGAAACAAACAUCUAAGACAAAUAUUGAAGAAAGAGCUUGUUUCCUUAUAAGUUUUCAAAGUUGAAUUAACAACGAUAAAGUCCAGGCCAUUCCCCAUCAUGUAUGAAAUGUUCCAGAAAAACACUCAUUGUUGAAAAUGAUAAUUAUAAAUUGUACGUACAAGUAUCUUGUACUAGGGACCUUAAGAUACACCAUUGUCUCUGUAAAGGAUAAGAUAGGCUAUAAUUAUUCAUUAUAUUUCCCAGCAGCCAUUUGCUUAAAGAUGGGUUAAAGUAAACUGAGGUUUGGUCAGACAGAAUUAAAAUUUAACUCGAAUUCAAAAUACCACAACAUACCAAACAUUCUUUGUUUGUCACCCCAAAAUUUUGCAUAAGCAUUGUUCUCAGUCUUUCUUGGGGCCAUUUUAACCCCCAAGAGAAACUGAAGACAAGCUUAAGGUGUGCAACUUAAGGUCUCUUCUAUUACACAUGAAUACAUGAAAUUAAUUGGGUAAAAGCUUGUAUAAAAGUAUGAUAUUUAGCAAACAUGUGGCUCUAUGGAUCUUGCCAAAUAAUGUCAACUUUACUUUUUAGCCCAAAAGACAUUACAUUUGUCAUACAGCUUUAAGUUAAAAACUAAGUAAACCUUGGUUGAAAGACAAGUAUGCAAUUGUGUAAUUAAAUAUUUGGCAGUAGAACCAGAGGGAUGAAAGUUGAAAGGGUUUUGUAUUUUCAUUCAAUUCAAUUCUUUCUUGUACACUGUACUUUAUAUAAGUAGUAGGAAAAGAAAAAUAGACAAUCGAGUAAUCAUUAAGCUAAAAAGGGAUUCAGUGGAACCCUGCCUUACAGCCACCUUGAUCAAACUGUCACCUUGUUAUUUCGGUCACUUUUUUCAGCAAAACGGCCAUACAUUUUGUUACAAAAACCCUUAGUUAAUGCAGUCACCCAUGAAAGUGGCUCACCGCCACAUUUUAAAAUCAUAAACGGUAAACUUUUCACCCCAUUACCAGGGCCAUUUGUUUGAAAUUUACAAAAUUGAAAUGCCUGUGACAUUCUUUUCAAUGUCAUUGACGGAGUAAGCUGAAACCUGUUCUUGUCUUCUUUUUGGACGACAGUAGAGGCCUUGAUUCGUGAAAUUCGACCCUGCUCUGGAAAUUGACAGGCAUUUUUUUUCAGGGGGGGAGGGCACACUGGAGACUGCAUUAAUGGUGUACAUACGUGAACAAUGUCCAAAAGAGCAAGACCAAACUACGUAGUUAGGAUAGCAUUUUUACUUCUUCUUUAUGAUGUCGGUUGACACUUGAGACCAAGUGGAACAGUAAUUGCCUGAUAUUUGGACCAGGAAAUUUAAAAGACAUAACAAAAUUGGUGGAUACUGCUAUUCAUCUAAAUAAAUCAGUUUACUAGCAAAUCUUUUAUUAUAAUUGUGUAUAUAGUCAUAUCUUGUGGUUGCAGUUCAAUAGUUAAGCUUAACUUAGAUUAUUAGUUCAAUUAUUGUUGAGUAAACUUAAGCUUAUAAGUAAAUAAGUAAUGGUAACAGGACUGUGUGGAGUCCAAUUCGGUCUGUAAUCAUACGAGUGAUUAACAAAAUCGGACGACCGCGUAGCGGGAGUCCGAUUUGUUUAAUCACGAGUAUGAUUACAGACUGAAUUGGACGACACGAAGUUCUGUUACCAAUUAAUCAUAACUUUAACAAAACUUGUGAUACAAUAGGCUAUUUUUUAAACCAAAACGCAAGAAAUUCGAAAUUUUGUUUUGCUAGCAGUGAAAAAAAAAGCCAUUUAAGCGCGCGCGUGAUGGCGCGUACUGUCCAAUUACUUAGGCAUGACGCGUACUGUCCUAUUAAACUGUCCAAUUAAGGCUGAAAUCAGGGCAGUUGAUAGCCAAUCAGAUUUGACAAUUUUGUUAUAGUUAUGAUUAAGGCUAUAAUAAAUCUAUUUUUUUACCUACCUCUUUUAGCAUAUUAUUUCUUUUAAAGCAACCUCUCAAACGCGGGACGAGGUAAAUAAAGUCAAUAAAGGGUGGGAAAAAGAGAGUUGUUGAAACUCAUAAUUAGAUGUACACGUCUUUUCCAAUAUGGCGGUGGAGCUUGGGGAGGGUAACCCGUGGGGAGAGUCGAGCGAUCCCUGGGGACGAGAGGCGACGAGAUAAUAACAUUUCCGUUUCUUUUUCCUUUGAAAAAUAUACCUUUUUCCGUACUUUGAAGAUGUUCUCUACCUACCCUCUCCCUCCACCCCCCCCCCCACACACACACACAUUUGACUAUCCAACGAUCGGGUCCGAUGUACCGAGAAAUCGGACUCGAUUAAGUUUCCCUCUGACCGGAUAAGAAAUCGGGCCCGAUUUAAAACAAGUCGGACCCGAUUAAUUUAAAUCGAGUCCGAUUACUUUGUCGGGCCCGAUUUCACAACAAUUCGAGCCCGAUUAGUUUUGGGAUCCGAUCCGAAAUAUAUCGGACCCGACUACAAUUCGGACCCGAUUUGUUAUCGUGUUCGAUUAAAUGAAAUCGGGUCCGAGUUAAUAUUCGGGUCCGACUGAAAAAAAUCGGACCCCCAUUAAAUGAAGUCGGGUCCGAGUUAAUAUUCGGGUCCGACUGAAAAAAAUCGGACCCGAUUACCCAGAAACCGGUAAACAUCCACAUUUUCUCACUGUUGGAGGCGUGAUGAUCAACUCGUAGAUACGGAUGUUUACCGGUUUCUGGGUAAUCGGGUCCGAUUUUUUUCAGUCGGACCCGAUUUCAUUUAAUCGAACACGAUAACAAAUCGGGUCCGUUUUCUAGUCGGGUCCGAUAUGUUUCAGAUCGGAUUCCAAAACUAAUCGUGCUUGAAUUCUUGUUAAAUCGGGCCCGAUAAAGUAAUCGGAGUCGCUUUAAAUUAAUCGGGCCCGAAUUGUCUUAAAUCGGGCCCGAUUUCUGAAUGUCUGAUCCUGUCAGAGGGAAACUCAAUCGGGUCCGAUUUCUCGGUAAAUCGGACUCGAUCGUUUUGACAGUCAAAAUGGGGGGGAGGGGGGAGAGGGUAGAUAGAGAACAUCUUCAAAGUACGGAAAAAGGUAUAUUUUUCAAAGGAAAAAGUAACGGAAAUGUUUCUUCAUAAAUAGAAAGGUGGAAGUUAUCAUGAGGAGCCGCAUAAAGUCCCUUUACUAAUUACGCUGAGUGACGGUUGUUAUGCUCAAUUUCCUGCUAUAAUUUUACCUCCGAUCUCGUGCAGGCUAGCAGGGGUCAGACUGGCUGUCAUCGAUAGGGAUUUUCACAGAGGCGAUGAAACAAUCCUAAAUUUCGCAACUGUCUGGUAAUAUGGUUAAAACAGUAUUAGCCGGGGUAAAUAUAGUCGAGCGCGGUCUAUUCAACUAUUCUCCGGAUCGGAUCAUCCCAAUCAAGCCAUCAUUGUAUGGAGUAUAUGUGAAUUCUUUUUUAGGGUAUCCCGGUCGAGAAUUUCUGUGUUGAUUCAAACUCAUUUCCCUUAGAAGCUUGUUGGUAUUUGAAAGAAAAUUUUAACAGAUCGAACAGGUUAGCAGAGUUCCAAACUGAGAUGGCCAGCCUUCCUUCGUCACAUUGGUUCACUUUCAGAAGCGAGGCCAUUUCAGCCUUAAAUCAGCAGGUUUACCUUGCGACACAUUAAUUCUGUUUUUUUUUAUGACUUGCUUAAUCGUAAGACACCUUGAAGGUAAGGACAAUGUUCCAUAUUUUUUCCUUUAAUUUAUUUAUUUCUGCCUCGAAUAUAUCCGCGCCAAAACCUCCUAAAUGCCCGCCAAAUUUAAUGUGGCGCGCUCGGGAGUGAUCGUACAGUGUUUAGGAAGAAACAGGCCCAGCACAACUUCCACUGGAGGCACUUUUGUGUUACUGCAAGAAGUACCCUUAUAAAGAAGUCGGAAAGCUUUUCCAUUAUUAAUUUCGUGCUACAUUUUCUGGAUAAACAAUGGAAUGUGUUGAAAAUUGUAGACAUCCGUGUUUCAUAAUACACGUACACACUUAGCGGCCAAAUUGCUACAUAUUUUAUCUUUUUACCGCUGUUUUGCUUGUUGCCGAAGUUUAAAUGCUACAUCAUGAUCCAGUGCGAUUUAUUGUUGUCGUUACACGCUCAGAUCUUUAAUUUGUUUGAAUUAAUGAGAAAAUUAUCUUGUAGUCUGUAAUUAUGCGUAGUAUUGCAUUGUUGAAUGCGUUCACUGCCUAUGAAAACGAUCGUUUUCCUAGUAGUAUAUCGGAUAGGCCAACUGACUCCCACUGGUGGCAAAUUGUGCUACAAAACCAUAAAUAAGGGAUAUUCGAAGCAUAAACCUCACAAAAGCUUUUGAGUUUGAUCAACAACGAAAUGAGUGACUAAAACGCGUUAAAAAUAACACAUGCUCGUGUUACAGAGAGGGGGUUGAGUGUUGCUCGUUAUUUGUAAGUCUCUGAAUCUUAGCAGCUUUCUUUUUCUUUUCUAUAAUUUUUACCGGGGAAUCGAAAUGAAUUUUAGUUGAUUGGUUGCGUCCAUCGCGGUUCCCCCCUAUUUGUUUUUCAAAAAAAAAAAAACACCAUUGCAAGAACCUGUACGGUCUCUAUUAUUUUUCAUUAACAGCCAGAGAGCUUUAAUUCACCGAAACUAAAACAGAUUCAUAAAAUGUACAUGGUUCAGGGUAUUCUGUACGUGCCUUUUAUGUUGGGUGUGUCGCCUGAUUAAAAGCGAGCGAUCGGGUGAGUCGCCUUCGCUUAGUGCAAGAAGACUUUGUAAAACGCGUAUAUUUAAUGAAUCUUUCUGUAAAGAACGAGGCGGCCUAGAAAGCUUGAAAAAUAGUUUUUGAAACGUCUUGCCAAAUAUGUUUUUAUUUUGUUUGGGGAUUGCUAAAAUUGCGUUUCAACUAGACGCUGUAAAAUUCGCAAUUGAACUUAUUCUUCGGAUUCAAAACAAUGACCAAAGUUCCGUCUGCACGUGCUCUUUUGGGUGAGUCGCCUGAAAAAGCAAGCGAUCGGGUGUGUCGCCUUCGCUUAGUGCAAGGGAACUUGGUUUUUAUUGGUUGUGGCUCGCAAGUCCGUUUUGAACGAAAUAAAUGGUUUCAGUCAUAAUUAAUGAACAUCAUAUAGGUGACCUUACAAGUUUGUAUUAUAAGAAAAAUAUAAGAGCCUUUUUACGCCGCGAACAGGAUGAAAUAGAAAACUUCACCGGCCUUUUCUCAAAAAAAGGGAAUAGUCCCGCUUUAAAUUCUGCUCCCCAGAAAAAGCUACAAUGAAAAUUAUUUAAAUUUAUAGUUUAAAUUCAAUCAAAUUUAUUUAAAUCGCUGCACUUCGUUCAUUUGUGGUAAAUAAAUGCAUAUUGAUUCUGAGGUAUCCCCGGUUAGAUAAUUUGUGCAAAACUCCUCUACACCGCCACAAGUUUUCCGAGUGGUGCGCUGUUUCGGAGUGGUUUUUAUUUCACCAGGUUCUUUUCUUUAGUUGUGUUCGUCUCAUCAGCUCAGCUUUAUUAUUUCUGUAGUGUCUGCUAAAAUGAUCCAUUGAAAGAUAUGUCGAAUAAAGCUUCAGUAGGAGGUCACGAAAGGAGAUUCGCAUUUCACCUCAAGUAUGGUUUCAAGCUGUCAACGGUCUAUGCUUGGCUGAAUUUAAACAAUGGCUUCCUGGUCAGAUGGGGGACAAAUUUUCCCCCAUAUUUCGGUCGCUAAGGCUUGCGGCUCGCCAUGAUCUCGUCGCUUCUCGUCCCUAGGGAAAAAAACAAAACAAAACAAACCAAAAAAGACAGGUGGUAACGUAAAAUAACCACUGGUAAUUCUCAUGACGGAGAGGCUGCUUAAUGUUUCCGCCAACCCGAAGAUGUCUCAGUUUCACCCCGGAAAAAAUAGCCGCGUGAAUCUGAAGUUAAGUUAUUAGGCUGAGGAAUACAUGAGUGUAUCAGGUUCCACUAACGCUCAGCAAGCUUACUUGAAACUUGAUUCACUUAGUUUCCAAACUCUAAUCAGAAUUCGGGGUGGGUGUUUGGAUUCCGCGUUUUCCGCAAACCCCUUUCAUGGCCAUCUAGGCCAUUCUCCCUAAAACUUCGCGAGUUUCUGCCAUACGAUAAAAGCGUGUGAUACUAAUAGCUUCGCUAAAAUUAUGAUUGACCACAAUCAAUGAAAAAGAAAAAGGGAAAAGGGAUUUUAAAACUUAGUGUGGUCUUUAAUCAAUGAAUUUUAUCUAUUUACUUUUUGAAGGGGUUUUGGUGGGGGGAGGCAGGAUUUGUGUCAUUGUAUCCUGGCUCAACUCUGCUUAACGUAUAUAGCGAUUUACUUCCCACUAAAGAUGGUGUCUAUACUUGAUUGAUUGUUUGUUCCUUUUGUCAAAAGGGAAAAAAUAUGCCUUUAUUUUUCUCCCAUUUCAACAGACGUUUUAUCUGAUCUUACUGUGAGGAGAAAUAAGAAGGGGACUAACGUUCUAGUCCCCAGAUUGUCUCGUCCCUGCCCCGCCGCCAUAACUUGUGACAACCAAGUGGCAACCUAUGUGAUUUUAUUUCUAAAAUCUGUACUCGUACUCUCUAUCUACGCAUUAAUCCAUGUGUCAAGCGUUUGAAACGCCCGGUUUGAUAUAAAUGGUGGCUUCCCUUCAACAAAAUCGGAAUGUUACUGAAAUACAAAGCGGUUUUUCUUUAAUACACGUGAGGUAAGUGUUCAAGCAAAUAAUAAUUAUUAAACUAUACCCUGCUAGUCGGCGUAAGCGUAAGUUAUACUCAAGUCGUCAAGGAAAACCUUUUUUUUCUGCAAUGACUGAACAUUAACGUUUGCUGCAGGUCUUAGGCUUUAUAUUUUUCACAUGGCCCAAAUGAACUUCAUAAAAGGUCAAGUAAACAUUGAACAAUUAGCCGGCUCAGGCGACGUGAAUAUCGGCGAAUAGUCACUGAGACGACGUCGAGGUGACUAUUCGCCGACUAUUACUAUACUAUUUUCGAUAUUCAUCAAUGUAAUUAUACUAAUAAUGGUUAAACUUAAAGACUUACGUUUAUGCUGAACGCAUUUCAUUUAUCAUUGCAUGCCAACUUCGGUGAUCUUUUAAUACAACCAGUUUGAAAAUUUGAAUCGACAGCUUCAUGCAGUCACACAAAUUAAACGGAACUGGAGCUCAACUGAAACUGAUAAGCUUAUAAUACUAUUUGUGCAAAAAUUUCCGGUUACUAAAACUGUAAGAGUUUCUACCCUUCAUAUCACGUACUCAUGAGGAAUGGUAGACACCUUAAGAUGCACAGAUUCAGUAGGUGGGUAUGCCUGCCAACUCUCAUGCAUUGUGCGCGAGUCUCACGCCUGCAGACUAAAGACAUCAAUCUCGUACUUCAAGGACAGUUUCUCAAACCUGCCUCACAAAUCCAGACAAAUUGUUCUUAAAUACGUGAUGAGUGACAAAAGUUUAAUUCAAUUUCCACAAUUAAUAUUCCAGGCUUUGAAUGAUGACUUUUGUGUUCCAACAAAAUCAAAACACGCUAAAGUUGGUGUCUUUUACACCAGUUUUGAAAGUGCUCAAAGGCCGUCAGAACAUCUUCGCAAGUUUUCGUGAAGGUCCACAAGGCUCCCGAAAAUGUACAGAAAACCUCGGGAGUUCACUGGGACGGUCAUGAUUGUGGAAAGGCAAAAAUCUGACACAUUUGACCAGAAAAAGUUGGCAGGCAUAGAAUGAAUUGUGUCUUACCAGGAAAAAAAGCCGGCUACCUCUUAGAAAAGAGAUACUGUUAUUGCCAACUUAAUUUUGCGAAAUUACUAUGUUUGGCUAUCUGUUUCCAUGGACUGAAUAGAUGCAUCUUAAGGUCCCUACAAUGUCAGUAGGGGAUUAAACUUCAUCUGUCUCCCUCUCUUUACAUAUUUUGUCAUAACUGCCAUUUAAAUAAUUGCCGAUGGUUUCCUGGUAAUUUUCUAUGCUAAUUUGCAUUCUAUGACAUGUUUUGAACCUUACUUGAUUGUAUGUUUAAUUUUUUAAGAAAUAUUUCUUUUGAAAGAGGUUUAAAAUGCUCUCGACUACAUAUACUCUACAUGCAGCCUAAAAAAUUAAUGUUAAAAAGCUAUUUUGUUUUGUUUUUUUCUUUCACCCAAAAAGUUAUGGUAAUCUUCCAAACUUUGUUACGUCCAUUUUGAAAUCACUGGUAAUCCCUGCAAUCUGAUAGCCUCUAAACCGUUAUCUGUAUAAAGGACCUCAUUCAUGCUCUUAAUUGUAUCAUUUCUGUUCUGGGUACAAAAUGAAAUGUGGUGGCCUUUUUGUUAUUGCUUUUCAUCAAACCAGCUUCUAGAUCAAAUAAAUAUUGCCACUGGCUAAAUUCUGUGAUUUCAAAAUGGCUGUAAUAAAGUGACAAUUCUAUUAGUCUUCUUGCAUCGUGGUCUGAAAUCGUAAUAUUGUGAAUAGACCUUUUUACCGAUAUUGUGGCCAUAUUGAAUUGAAACCCAGGGGGCAUUCGCUCAGUAUUUAUGCAUGAUUUUCGGGCAAAGAGAAACAUCAAAACAUGGUACAGCCAUCUUUAUCUUUUUUCCCUUUAAGAAAAAUUGGGCCAAGAAGUGGGUGUAAAUAAUGAGUGAGUAUAUCCAAUAAUACUCAUGCUGCUUGGGCGCCCCCUGAUACUCUCUUAAAUCUAUUUGAUUAAUAUGGCUGCCAUAUUGGUGCAAAAGGUCUGUUCAGACACCAUCACAUUACUGUGCAUCAGCUUUUUUCUUUUUUUCCCUUCUGUCUUUCCUGCUUCUUGGAUCUUUCCUCUUCUUUCUUUUUUCUCCUUUUCGAUGGCUGUCUUCUUCUGAAAAAGAACAGUCCACAGUAUUUUUCCAUUAAUGGUAACUGUUCCACAUAUAUACCUGAGUACUACUUUCUCAACUUUUUUAUGUUUUUCAUGUUUUAAAUCUUAGACGGAAUAUGUAAACUUGUUACAAAAAGAUGAUAUACACACAUUCCUGACAUGGUAAAAAUGGAGCUAACAGAACUCUAAGUUGAUCCUUACACUAACUCAAAAGUUAAAUUAAUUCUUCCACUGUAAUUUAACCCUUUUUAAUUCAAGCCCUCUAGAACUCAUGCUCUUUCGAAAUAAUUUGUGUUUCAUUUGUCUAUGUAUUAUUAACUUAUCUCAUUUAAAUAACAGUUAAUGGCCUUUUCACAACAAUAGCAUGGUGAAAACUUUUCCUUACCUUCUGCAUGAGGGGGGAGAGUCAAUGAUGUUGGGGUUGUUGAUGGGGUGGCCACGGUUUUGAUAUUCAUGCUGGGAGGGGCAGUGGAUGUUGUGAUGGUGGAUGACAAUGUGAUGGAUGAGGUAACAACUGAUGCUGCAGUGGAUGAUGUGGUAUUUGUUGAUUUUGUGGUUGAUGAGAUGGUUUUUGUUGAUGUCGUGGAGGUGGUAAUGUGUGUUGCAGUGGUUGUUUUGACCUUUGGUGAAGUCAGGCAUGCUGCUGGUGGUUUGCUCGUUGGACUUGCACCUAUAACAUAAUGAAAGGUAGAAGAUAUCAGAAGAAAGUAUUUUUAAAAUAUUUAUUUCAAGUCAAAAAUUAUGGUCGGGUUGACAUUUUUAACGGUGGUUGAUUCUAGGUCUUUAUGCUCAAGUCCUAAUUCAUUUACAAGUUUCUCUUUUGUUUUGGGGUAUGGUAAUAUAUUCUAAUAACGUUGUAACAAAGAAGAAAUGAAAUUUAUUAGAGAUAAAAAAUUAACUACACUACAUCAUGUCUAUGUUAUAUACAUGUAUGUUGCAGUUAAUUCCUUGUAUAACAGGGAGGGUGGUAAGUUCAUGAAACAAUAGUAUUAAAAAUGAUAGAAAUAUAAUUUUUAUUAUUUCAAAAAGACACCUGUAAUAUUUAACCCUUUUUGAUUCAAGCUGUCUAGAACUCAUGCUCUUUCAAAGUAGUUUGUGUUUCAUUUGUCUAUGUAUUAUUAACUUAUCUCCAUUUAAAUAAUAGUUAAUGGCCUUUUAAACAACAAUAGCAUGGUGAAAACGUUUUCCUUACCUUCUGCAUGAAGCGGGAGAGUCAACGAUGUUGGGUUGUUGAUGGGGUGGCCGAGGUGUCAGUGGUUUUGAUAUUCGUACUGGGAGGGGUAGUGGCUGAUGUGAUGGCAGAUGACAAUGUGGUGGAUGAUUUAACAACUGAUGCUGCAGUGGAUGAUGUGGUAUUUCUUGAUUUCGUGGCUGAUGAAAUGGUUUUUGUGGACGUCGUGGAGGUGGUAAUGUGUGUUGUAGUAGUUGUUUGGACCUUUGGUGACAUCAAGCAUGCUGCUGGUGGUUUGCUGGUUGGACUUGCAUCUAUAACAUAAUGAAAGAGAGAAGAUAUCAGAAGAUAGUAUUUUAAAAAUAUUUAUUACAUGUCAAAAUUUCAUGUCAAAUCAAAUCAUCAUGUCUAUGUUAUAUACAUUAAUGUUGUAAUGUUUUAAUGUUGAUUGUAGUUGUAGUUGUAGAACAGGGAAGGUGGUAAAUUUCAUCAUAGUUCAUGAAACAAUACAAUUAAAAAAUGAUAGAAUAUAAUUUUUCUUGUUUCAAAAAGAGAUCUGUAGACUUAAAACAAAGGAUAGAGGGAAAUUGUGGUAUUGACAAGAGUGUUUGUGGAAAAUAAUUAUUUUCUGUCAUUGCCUCUUGUUCAUGUAAUAAUUACAAUUUUCAUUUACAGGUCUGUCGAUGGUGCAAGAAGUGAUCUGUAUUAUUGUGAACUUAAUAGCCAGGCACGUUUUGGUAGUUAUACUUCAUUUCCAUGUACCCUGAUAAAUACAUUGAAUUGAUUACCCUGAACUGUCUUGGAGAGGUCCUCUUCCAAAGUUCCACAAGGAAUGUUCCCUCUGAAUUGAACCUGCAAAAAAGAGCAAAACAGAAGGGAGGAAUGCUGUCCAGAUUAUGGCCACCCUGCCAACCCAAAGAGGGCAGUCUGUUUGUUCAACUUUGAACUGGACCAGAAGACUGAUUAAGCAUUAGUUGGUGAGUAGUGAGCUUCACUGUUAGUGUCAACUGGACAAAUUCAUGUUGAUUGUGAACUGUCCAACUCAGGCAGAUAGGGGUGGAAAUGCCCAUUGAAUUUGGAAUCUACGGUGUAUUAAAGAGUACUUUACAGGCUCUUAAUUAUCUAAAAUUAUUUUGUUAUUUUUGAGAAGAGGGUGUUUAGAUUGUGUUUGUUUGGUAAAUAGACAUAAGACUUUGUAUGCAAUGAUAGUUCAUAACUGAGUCAGUUUAUAUAGAAUAAUAUAUAAUUUAUUGAGAAGUAUCUAGCUUCUUGUUGAUUUUUUUUGGUUUGUUUAUUUCUCUGUUACGUAUCAUAACUACUAAAUUUAUAUCAUUUUAUUUUUCUAUCAAAUAAACUUUUACUAGUAUAUAAUACUAAUUUCUUCCUUUUAAUUAUGACUGUUAUACAUGUACUUUUAUUUUUAGCCUUGUUUAUGAAGUACACAUUCAAAUUAAAGAGGUUUAAGGUAUACAUUAAGCUAGUUCCUUUAGUGUCUAAAGUUAUCAUUCAGUGUUGAGGAUACCCUUUAUCUGUAACCUCACUGCAGUUAACCCAUUCACCCUGUCAGCUGACAUAUCAACCUCAUCCCCAACCUGGACCAAUAACCCUUAGCCUCCUCUCCUAGCUACAUGUUGUUUCAAUCUCGACCAUGUGAAAAAUUCUAUUACUUAAUAUUAAGUCUUCUAUAUUUACAUCUGGAGGUUCAUUGUUCUUCUUUCUUUGAUGGUGCCUUCUUGUUACCUCUUGUUAGUUGGUAGUUUGUAUCCCCACCAUGCUCUUUGGCUCUGAGAGAAGUCAUCGUGUAUCAACCAUGCCUUAACCAUUGAACAUUCCUUUGCAACUUUCCAGGUGUAUUCCAUUGUUUCUCAUUAUUUUCGUCUUGACUGUGUUCAUCUUUGGUUGUACUCUUGUCGCUUGUUUGCAAUUCCCAGUGGUUAUGACUUUGCGUGACUUUUUUUUUUUUAAGUAGCACAGUGUUAUCUACUGUAAUAAUUUAUUCAGUGUAUUUUCAUAAAUUGCAUUUUUAUAUCAAGUUCACAAUUAUUUAGUGGUUAUUUAAUGUUGAUUUAUUGUUAACUUGUGUUUUGGAUUUGGUAUUUGAUAACUUCCUACAUCAACUACUCAUUUUAGAAUUAUUACAUCGAUGUACGGUAUUUGCUUGAGGGCAUUCAGUUAACUUAAUAUUAAGAGUAUGCUUAUGCAUUAUUAUCGUUCCCUGCCGGCAUUAUUUACGAAUGUUUAACCCAUUUACCUAAUUAUUAUACCUUUUUUGGUAAGAUAUCCUUUCCCUUAUAAAGAUGUAUUGUACAUAAAUAUUUUUUUAUGACAAGUAAUAAUAGCUUGGAAAGUCAUCUAGUCAAAGGUCAUACUGGGUAGUCAGUGUUGUUGUAAAUGCAGUCUUUGAUUAAUUUAUUAUUUUGUGUUACAUGUUAUGUUAUGUUCCCAAGAGCCUGGUGGCAAAGAUCCUCGCUCACGUAGAGCAUGGACACAGAGGACCUGGCUCGAUUAAGAACUCUAAGGUUAGAUGUCCAGAAAUUCACGCGUUAAUAGGUGUAGGUUUCUGUUUAAAAUAGGAAUAAAUAGAAAUAAACGUUACAACUAAAAUAGUUUCUUUUUCAUUUUCAAUUUACAAAGUGCUGACAUUUUAGUGUCAUCUCAAACAUCAGUUUCCUUGGGUUAGAUAUAGUAACCUUCUGCUGUUUCCCUUAGUAAGCUUCUUUUACAUAUCUGAUUCUAGAUAGCUUAUUAGAUAUUAUUGUUAUGGUACAUUUGCAUGUGCCAACAUCUGUUUGCAUUCCCCCCUUACCUCAAAUGACCCAAGUAGUCUAACCAUGUCUGCUUCAUCCUGUGUGAUAAAGUAGAAAUCUUCUUUCAGCAAAGGUUUUUACUAUCAAAACUCAAGCAACUUUAUCCAGAUAAGGUAAAUGAUAAUGUACCAUACUUACACGUUCCACAAAACUCAAAACUUCAUGGCCCUUUAGUCGCUCCUUGUGACUUAUACAUGUAGGUCUGGACUCUUUAUGUAACGUAAAAAAGAGAGGCAUCUCAUCAGCCCCCCCUGCCCAGUCAUAUACUUCCUGUAAAAUAAAACAAAAACCGCAGUGACUUAAAGAAAUAUUCAUUUAGGCUUUGGAGGUAGUUCACUGCUAUUUCAAUAACAUGACCACACUCAUCAGGCAAUGUUUUAAUAGUUAUUGAUCCUCUUAAGUUGUGCACCCUUAGAAAUUGUUCUUGGCAAUUUACCCAAUCAUGUUAUAGUUUAGGAUAAUAGAUAAAUAAGGAUAUUUGUGCCGAUGUUACCUUCUUAUCAUGAAUUAAUAUUAUCUAUAAUAUCAUUUCCUUUAUUUAUUACUUUCUUAUCUGUCUUUCUUUGCCAAUGCUACUUUAUUUAGCUUUGGCUAAAUACAAGUGAAGUUAUUAGGGAAAUGCAUGGCCCUUUCAGUAUCCUGUUACUGAUAUGAUGCUUCGGGUGCUCUCAAUGACUAAUAAUUUAUUAAAACGCUGCAUCAAUUUCAAAACCUAAAGAAAAUACUGUCUUUUACUCGAGAUGUUGCCUAUUGAAAAGUAUAACAAUAUUGUGAAAAUGAAAUGAUCAGCAUGUUGAGAACGUGUGGCAAAGAAAAAUCUGAGUCCCUUUUAGGAUUCGAACCUAUGAUCUCCCAAACACAGGGCAGGCGCUCUACCCACUUGAUCUACAGAAAACUCUUUUUACAAUAUUAUUGCUUCUUUGGUACCUGAUAGAAGGCAGUUUCACUAAAUUUGCGGGACAUUAAUGGGCGGCCCUGAACCAAGUCGCACACUAUCACUUUGUAGCCUUCUUUGGGCGGGCGAGUUAUCCUCUGGCGUCUCAUCUGCCUUACCUUGUUAAGAAAAAAUAAACAAAGCAAAACAACAUUCAGCCUAUUUUAUUUUGCUUUAAAAUCAAAACGGUUUUGUAUGGACUUAAAAGUUAAAUUAUCAACAGUUAUCCCGAUGUGAAAUCAACAAUGUAUCAGUGAGCAGUACAAUUAAUUUGGAAGUGAGUACAUGUCUACUGAUGUACUGUUAAACCUCCCUCACCUGUUGGGCUUGAAUAGAGCUGAAAUUGCCCGUUUUUUUUCCUGCAAUGAAAAGGUCACAUUCAGCCAAAUAUCAGAUAUAGUAACUGUUUUUGGCUUUCAGUUUAUUGAUGAGCUUAAAAGACAGCAGAGUGACUAAGGGCUUUCCUUCAACGAUGUACACAAUUGUUAAGGGUGCUUCUGGACCAGCUUGCUUGCCAAAUUUUUUAUUUCUUGAGAAUAUCAGUGUUUGGCAUAACCUGGUCUUUUUUGUUAGGAAAUGGAAUUAGGCAAUCUAGAGAAUGUUCCAGAUUAUGUCAAAGGUCAUGUUUGGAGAUUUCUAACUUCAGGAUUGUUAUGUGAUAUUUAAUUACUUGGUUUAUUGACAGUGCUAAGAUCAGGGGUAACUGAUAAAGGUGUAGUCUUAAAUUUAAAAAAAAAUUAAUAAACAACUGAACCUUCAAAAUCAGCUAUUUCAUGCCUCUAAGGAUUGCUUUUCCAUAACUUACAGCUAAAUCUCAAAAUUGACUUUACCUGUUUUUUUUUUUUUUUUUUUUUAGCCUCCUUCAAUUUAAUGUGUAACUUUUGCAUCAUAUUAGGUAUGUUACCUCUGUUGUUGGUGAACAGCUGCCCUUUCUAAAACUUUUUUCAAAACGGAGCCCACUUCAUCAAUGUCUGCAUCUAAAUAGGGUAAGGGUACAGAAAAGAAAAUGAUUGCUUUCAUUUAAUUCUACCUUCUCCUUCUUUGCUUGCAAUAAUUGUCUUAUAAAACUUGAACCUUCCAGUUGAUAUAAUCAUAGUUUGAUCCUUGUUCAGGUUAGCUGUUUGUGGUACUCAUGAGAUCUAAUCCUUCAGCUGUAUCUCUGUAUGUAAAAGCUAUUGAAAAAUCCUUGCUUUCCAGUUUGAGGCUCCAUGUAUUGGGGUUUUGAGUUAAUUCAAGAAUUAAAGGACAUAUGGCAAUCUUUUCUCACCAUAACUGUAACAUUACUCAUUAAUAAGCCUUGAGCACGUGCUGUUGUAUUACAGGCAUAUCGUUCUAACACACACACACGAUCGUGACAGCUUUGAUCCCGUUUGAAAGUGGUUUAAAAAUUUAUUGUUAUUGACAUUGACCACGACGAUUCUUGCUCCUCUAAAAUUACCUGAAAUCUGUCCCAACAACGAAGGACUUCUACCCACUGACGGGACCAGGAAAAGUAUCCUUUCUGUGCGUGGGUCACCACCAUAAAUGUCCAUAACUAACAAGGAUAAAUAAUUUACAAGUAAACGUCUUGUCAAUAAUUUCUGAUUAAGUCAUUAAUCCAGUUGCCUGUUAUUUAAGCAAAGAGAUGUUUGUGAUUCGAUAAGUGUUACCUUAUAGUUCCACAUGGCCUAAUGACUCCCUAGCAAAAAUCUAUUAAUAUUAUAGUCUACUACACCUGUACGCAGGUGUGUGCACUGUUCUUUCAAAAGAGGUUUUAUAUAUACAGUAAGUGGCAUUGUGCUGUGGACAAAUCAUUUUCAUGAUGUUAAACCUUCACCUUUCAACCCGUCAGUGGAGCUUGUUUCUCCGAUCCAAAACAACCAAUUUUCACUGUGUUUAUUUUCCAUCUCAUGAAGCACCCUGCAGUAAGAAACUUCAAAAGUCAGUAUUGGUAUAAUUAUGACAAUAAUAAUUAUUAAUAUCUCCCUUGGAUAUAUGCAUGCAACUGCUUUUGCAUCGUCACAGAAGGAAGGUUUUACAUGCCUCAACAAAUCUCUCCUCUUCUCAUCAAUCGUUUUCCUUUUGUUUAGUAGGGUAAGAAUCACUCCCUUGCAGUCUUCAUUUGCCUGCCAGCAUAACUGGAAUAAAUAACAAAGGGAGAGUAAGGGAGUAAAUAAAUUAUAGUUAAUAUUUGUCUAUUGUCACUUUGAUUUGAACUGUUAAGAAAAUUAGGUGAUUAAGCCUUCCUUUGUUAGCAAUAAUUUAUUAAUAAUUUAAUACCUCUUCGAAGGAAUGAUUCAAAAAUGGCAGCAUGCAUGUCUGGUCACUUGAUGACUGUAAGAGACACUGGCAAUUUGCCACUUCAUCGGAACGUGACAUUCUUCUUCGUGUUGGUCCUAUCACAAGAAAAAUACAUUCAACUGCAAUUUAAACAUUGACCUCUAUUUUAUCAGUAACUGCAUUUGAAAUAUGCCCAAUUUUUUAUAUGCCCUCACUGAGUCAAUAUCUCUGUCUUAUUUUAAAAAAAUUCGGGAUUGAAUCGAGACAAAAAGAAGGCGAAAGAGAACAGGUACAUGUAAGUGCUGAACUUUAGAGCAGAUUGCUUACCUCCCAGGCCGGACCCGAUUACCCAGAAACCGGUAAACAUCCGUAGAUACUUGGCGACAUGCUAGAAUUCCACGAGGGCUGUAAGCCAGCAGAGGGCAUUGGUGAUUGAGGGAAAGACGGUUGAUGGAGAGGCGGCUGAGGAACAGGUGGUUGAGGAUGCAAAUAAUUGUGGAAAUAAUUGUGGAGGAUUUUUCGACCCACGACCAUUUACCCUCGACCCUCGACUAGUUACCCUCGACUCGAGGGUCGAGGGUCGAGGGUUCCAUGUCGAGGGCGAGGGUACCAUGUCGAGGGUCGAGGGUAAUGAUUUUUUUUUCCAAAUUUUUAUUUUUUGGAAAAGGUAAUAAUCGAUGCAAUCAAUGUCAUUAAAACAAAUAAGAAGAAUUUAAAAAAACAAAUGGCGGGUGAACAUCUUCUAGCUCCGAGACAUCCCAAUUUGUUUUCGAAGAAUUACAUUUAUAACACCCGGAAACCCAUACCAUGAACAGACCACGUUACUUGAAAACACCGAUUUUAAAAAAAAUGUUGUAAACAAAAUUUAAAAUGUCGUAAAACAAGAAUGAGUGCGUUGAAUUAUGGAUUUCUGGUCUAACCAACAAGAAUGGAAGGAAAAAACUCUUAUUGCGUUGUAAAAUGUGUCAUAAACACAAUAUAUCUUUCUAGGCCACAAUCGGUCAUAUUUAUUUGUGAACGUGGACGUGGUGCCGUGUCUCCCAUUGAUCCAAUUAAUUGUUUAACAUUUGACACAUUUCUACUAAAGAUCUGUUGUUUUGCCAAGUUGGACAUGAAUAGGAAAAACGGAGUACUGCGAUAAUGCCGUUUAUCUUGAACCGUGAAUACAAGUUUUUUAUUCCCGAAAAAAAAUAGACUGUGUUGCAAAUUCUGUUUAACUGUUUGAAAUGUUCCAAUGUCACACAAGGCCAUUCCUGUACAAUUUUUCGGUCGGUCGGGUAAGAAAAAAUGGCAUUGGGUUUGUGGAGUGAUUUUUGGUUCUGUUUUGAGGAUAUUUGAGGAUAAGUGUUGGUUUUGCGUUCCUUUUGUGUUCAGGGUGUUUCAAAUUUCUGCAGUGAUACACUUUUUAAGCUGUAGAACAUAAUGUUGGUAAUAAAAAGGAGUUUAUUAUUGCGUCGCGUCUCAGGCGAUAGCAUCAACCAUCUAAAUUAUCACUCUAGCUACGCACCUACGUACCUAGGUCACGAUUUCCGGUGUCGGUGAUUAUCGAUGACUUGUAUUUUGAAAUUUCAUGGCGAGUUUCUACUUCAUUGAAAGCACGACAAUUCGGUCGCAUACAGUGGAAUAGCUUAAAAAACAAGAAUCGGUGAAAUAUCCAUAUUCAAACUACAUUACACUGAAGAGCCAAGCAAGGCAGAGAAGAGGCAGACGUGACUGAAAUAUAAGCCGCGAAGCAAGGGCACCCAACCACGGUUACCUCCUGAAUGCAUUGAAAACACUUUUUCGCUUAUCCAGAGUACUUUCAAAUCUCUAGAAAUGCAUUCUAAGCGGCGCUAUAAAAGUUGUAUCUGUUCGGUCGUCCUAGGGCAAUUUGAAUCUUUUCGAAAUCACUUAGGGCCUCAGUAUUUAAUUAUUUUCCCGAAAAUUUUAGAUGCAAUUUUAGGUUUUACGAAAGUGAGAAUUUUUCUGAUUCCCCUCUCCACCACAUUUUCUAAUCCGAAAAUUUUAGAUUUCCUUUUCCAACGAAAAAUAGGCCAAGUUGGGGGCUGAAAUGUGAAAAACUAAACUUUAGAAAAUCGUAGGGAAUUAAUUAGAUAAGCCACGAAAGCCGUACAUGAAUGGAACGGCCAUCUAGAAAUUUUUAGCCUUCCUCAAGUAACAGAAAAUUGUAGGCAAUUUUUGCUUCUCCGAACAGAUAUUUUACAGGAAACAGUCGUUCGGUGCCCCCGGAGCUUUUCUCUAUUCCACCCGCCCCCACCCCCCACGCAACAACUAGAAGAUGUUCACGCGCCAUUUGCUUUUUAAAUUCUUCUUAUUUGUUUUAAUGACAUUGAUAGCAUCGAUUAUUACCUUUUCCAGAAAAAAAAUUUGGGAAAAAAAAAAUGUUACCCUCGACCCUCGACAUGGCACCCUCGCCCUCGACAUGGAAACCUCGACCCUCGAGAUAAAUGGAAUAGUGAAUGUUACAAGCUUCUGAGUAUCCAGCUGAGAUUUUAGUCCCCUAUCUCAGCUAGAUAAACAAAUUUUUUUUUUGGUUGCUAAGACGGUGAGGCUCGUAAUGUAUACCAAGGAAAUACUGUUUCUAUGUGAUAAAAACUACCUUUUUCGCAACUUAUUUAUUUAAAGAUUUUCUUAGCUGCACAUAACCACAGCAAUCAAAAUUCACGUCUUAGAAAAACAGCUAGCAGAGAAUAAUGGGGGCGACAUGGCUAAUGCUGCGAGGGAGGGAAAAGCUCCAGUUGAUUGGCACAUUCUACGUGUAUCUUGUGUUUCUGAUUUUUUAUCAAGCACGUGAUACUGGAUUAUCCACAUAAGCACUGGGCCAAGUACGGUGUUAAGGAACUUUGGACAAUAUGUUACCAUCCUGGUGUACCUCAAAGGACAAGCUAUCAUGGAAAUACUAAGAAACAUAUUACCAUGCACCUCCACACCAGUGACAAGGAAAAACUAAAAAAGAAACAAACUCAGUAAUAAAUCAGUGAAUAUAAAAUCCUUCAUUUACCUCUUUUCAUAGCAAAUGUUGUCAUCUAGUUAAUUAUAAGGCUCGAUUUCCUCUUAUCUACCGUACUGGACGAUGAGACAUGUCCGACAUGCUAUUAUGGAAAUACUGAAAAACUGAGAAAUACUGAGAAUCAUUAAUUGCCACACUAGUGGGGAGCAAGGGUGUCGCAGUGGUGAGAGCACUCGCCUCCCGCCAAUGUGGCCCGGGUUUGAGUCCUAGCGUCGACGCCAUAUGUGGGUUGAGUUUUUUGUUGGUGCUCCCUUUUGCUCCGAGAGGUUUUUCUCCGGGUACUCUGGUUUUCCCCUCUCCUCAAAAACCAACCAACCAGGGAUCAGGUAGACGAAGAACCACUCAGUGGAUGUGCUAUCUCUAAAUCGUUAUUUAUUUAUUUUACAUUUAGUGACAAAAAAGAAAUUUUUAAAAAGGAAAAGUAAAGAAACUCGGCAACACAGAGUGUUUAAGAAAUUUGAAGAUUUGAAUGAAUACUUCAUUUACGUCUUUACAUAUUUUGUCAUCUGGCGAAUUUUUAGGCUCGAUAUUCGCCGCUCUCAGAGCUUCCGCUCAUUUCUCGAAUCAGCGGCAGGUAAUCGAGCCUAGGUAAUUUUUUUGAUAAGCCGUCGCAAACGGAUUAUCAAAAUGAUUAUCAAUUGUGAUGUCUAUUCCCUGAUCAGUGUAAAAGAGCGAGGUUACUCAGUUUGUUAAAUUAAAGGCCGAAAAAGCUGUAACUAAAUGAUUUUCAUGAAUUUUAGGAACUCAUCAGAGUCAACAUGAGAAAGUUAUGGACACAAAUGUCAUAUAGCGAUAAAUAUCAAUUAAUGUUUUACGUCCAUUUUCAUGCGCGGAUCCACACCUGUUUCCACCGUUUUACGGAAAUCGGUCAGAUUUUUCGUAAUAGAUAUAUUUUUAAUAAAGAAAAACUUUCCAAGUUGCAAGGCUUCAUCCUAGGAGAAUGGAACAGACCAAUAUUCUGUUUGAAUGACUCAUGAACCUAGGAAAGGGGAUUUUAGGGAGUUAAAAUAGAAAACAAUUUUCCUGGGGGCAUGCCCCAGGACCCCUCUAGAAGCUUGCGCCUUCGGAGCUCAUUUAGGAAAUUAGUCAGUAUCUAUCCUAGAUCCGCGCCUGAUUUUCAGCUUGAGUGAAAUUCUUGUUACAAAGCAAUGGGCUAGCAAGAGUUUCCCUGCAAUAAACACCGUCUCUUGUUAACACUUAGUCUUCUAAAAAGACUUCUGCUCUUUACGUUUUACUUUUUACUUAAAGAAAUUUGCUUCUACUAACUCAAUAGAAUUUUGAGCUCACAUGGUUCGCAAAGGACAAAGUAGAUUUCGUUGAAUACGUCUGUACUUUACCUUCAACUAUAUAAUGAUCUGAAAAUUUAAAUAAAAAAAUUCAAAACUAAACCGGCCUUUUACGAAGUCAGACGUUUACACUUUAAAAUUCAAAAAGAUACAGUGAGAAAGGAAGAGAUCAGUCCUAGAUAACCCCACCCGAUGAGCUAAUACAGUGCGAUAUUACUGGUUGCGUUUUUACUGAGAGAUACGAUUCCCAUGAAACACAACGACAUGAAGGGGAAUUGAAAGCGAACGGAAAAUCAUAUUUUGGGGCAUCUAUCCUUUUUUCACUCAUGACUGAAAUUAAGGCUCCUUGUCGCAGUGAGUUCCGCGUUUUCAGGUCAAAACUGAUCAGAAGUGACUGUGGUAUUUUUACUCAUCUUCCAUUAUACUAGGUUCUCCCUCCAGAAAACGAUAUCCAGCAAAAGUCUCUGUCAACUGUCAGUGAAACAUCAGUGAAUUUCCACAAAGUUGAACCGAUCCCGAAUUGCUCGUUUUUUUCCAGUAAAAUCCUUUUCUAAAACGGAUUCUACUUUAAUUAUUUAAAAAGCAAAAAUAGAAAACAAAGGCAAAGGACUACAGAUAAAUGAAGAACAUUAUUGUCGAAAAGGUUUUAAUGUUUGAUCAGUAAUUGCCUUUAAUAAUACAACACACCGUUGCUCCUCACUGAGAAUUACAGCUUAGGCAGGUGAGUAAAGGUUUUAAUAAGAGUCAUGGAAGCAAUUUCUUCGAACAGCGGUGAGGGUAAAAGGCGGAAUGAGUUUGCGGAAUGGCAUGUGGCAUGGCUUGCGGAAUGACAUAAUUAUGCAGAAUGUAAAAUAUGGAAACUGGCGCAAAGAAAUGAAUUAAACUGAAAGGCAUGCGCGCGUCAUUGCCGCGCCUUUUUUGGCGCCAAUUUGAGUGAGCAACUGCUUCACUGGUUCACGCAUUUAGGCAUUUAUCUAAAACAUACCUGAGAAUUGGCUAGGGUUCCUGAAGGUAGCCUCCAAACGAAAACAUUAAAGUCCGGUAAAUAUAGUGAGGCGUGACCAAAAUAACUUAGUCUCCUCGAUUGUAAAGUAACAAGACGAAAUAUCUUCUUUUUCCGUUAUCCUUAGCGAAUUACCAUAGUUAAAAUCCUUAUUUUUCUAUAGAAGGGAGUACCAGAAUACUUAAUUGUGCGGUUGAUUUUUUGCUUCUUCAAAAUACUGUCGGCACCGAAAAUGUUACUCCUUCGAUCAAGAAUUACGUUGUGUUACUUCCGUCUCUUCAAACGUACAAUGUGACACGUGUAGUCACGGAACAGACUGUCACGCAGAGUCGCAGACAGGUAAAGUUCAGUGUCUCAAAAUGGCUAAAACUAACCCAGUUUCACCUUUUUACCCCAUUGUUUGAUUGAAAAAAGCAAUUUUGCAAACGAAAAACCUACAAGACGUACGAAAAACGAGCCUUUAGGCUGUAAAUUUCUAUUUAUGUGCGUUUCGAAAUUGGAAGUGUUUACACAAUACAGACAAUUACCGCCAGCCUAUUCCUGAACUUCGAUGGUGUCUUACAGAGAUUUCCUUCACUUACCCAAGCCAAUUCCCCGGUAUGUUUUAAAUGAAUGUCUAAAUGUGUGAUUUAAAUACCAAGAAGAGAAUUUGGAGUUAUAACACAUGUUAAAUAUUGCCGUCGAAAAUGAGUAACGAACUUAAAUUCUGUCUCUCAUUUUUAAAAUUAUUUCAGUACGACCAGCUUCCCUAUUGUCCAGAAAAAAUCUUCUAGUGGAAGGAAAGAAUUUUUCUGUUCUUGGAAAGUGUCCAAAUUUCUCCAUCCAGCUUCGUUUGCGAACGCGAGGAAAGUUGAUGUUAGCGAAUUUCAGGUUAAAAAUUAAUGCAGUCUGAGACGGACUCCGACAUCGAAAACCGAUGUUCUAUUUUUUCUCACCAAUGAAAGGCUUUCGGCGGGAACAAUCUACGUUAGGUUUCUUAUAAACCUAAAAGCUAUCUAUGAACAAAAAUGAAAGAACUUGAUUUUUCAACUCUUGCCACGAAAUUAACAUUUUGGUCGAUUUUUCUGUUUCGCACGUCUCAAGCUCGCAACUGAGGAAACAAAAUACAGGAUUCGAUUCAUCUCUGAAUAUUAUCAAUUAUGGCACGAUGACGUAACCCAGAGUCUCAUAAAGAAACACUUCUCACACGGUUUGGAAUACAAAUAUAGGUAACAAGAAACUCUUAAGUUAAUCGUACAAACAUCUUUUGCUGAAAAAAUUAAUUAAAGUAGAAGGGAGCGUGACCUUCGAAAACAUCUUUUCUUCAAUAGACGAAGAACCUUUUCUGCUGUGCGGACAAGGCUGGUCGACAAAUGAGCCUUCGUGGUUUUUUGAUUGUCAUCGUAUGUUAAGCCCGCAACAUUAAAACAGAGGCUGCGUUUGCAAAUUGAUUGGCGCCAAAAAAGGGCGCUCUUUUCAGUUUAAUUUAUUUCUUUGAAAACGAUCUGCGUAUAUUAAAUUCCGCAUAAUUAUGCCAUUCCGCAAGCCAUGCCACAUGCCAUUCCGCAAACUCAUUCCGCCUUUUACCCUCACCGUUCGAACAGUGACCAUUAAAGUAAUAUACGUAGGUUAUUUUUGCUAGAAGAACGCCUUCUAAGUAUCCCGUUUAUCAAUUUUAUAAAUAUUAAAGGGAUUCUACUUUAUUGGAAAAAAAAUUGUAAAAGUAAUUAAAAAAAUACAAAAGACACGGUAUAUGGACAUCUUUAAUACCAAAAAGCUUUAACUUUUGUUCCUCACUAGGAAGCAGUUCAGGCAGGUGAUACAGGAUCAGUUUAAAAAAAUUAAUUCAUGGAAGAAAUUUAUAUUUUUACUUGACUCGGCUUUCAUUAGGACCGAAAAUAAUCAUUAAUAAACUAAGGUAAUUAUGGAGGUGAUCAUUAUUAAAUGAAUACGUUAGCGUUUCUCUUUUAUUUUCGUUCAAAUAACACACAAAGAGUUGUAAGGUUUGGGUAAAACAUUAUUCGAGUAAUGAUGCAAGCUCUACUCAUCGCCAACUGUGUCUUCAACGCCUUCUUCAGUUUUACCGCCAUCACACUAAACAUUGUAACAAUAAUCGCUCUGAGAAAACCAUUGACGAUACCAAGAGCUCUAAAAAUAUUCCUGAUGAGUAUGGCUGUAUCUGAUCUUGGUGUUGGUUUACUGGUUCAACCUUUGUACAUUACACGUCUUGUCAUGAUCAUAAAAGAAAACACUCAAACUCUAUAUUUUGAGAUUACUUUGAACUCUUUUUAUGCCGCAGCGUUUUUCCUUACUUCUGCCUCGUUCCUUAGUGUUGUAGCUCUAGCCGCAGACAGAUUCUUGGCUCUUCAUCUCCAUCUCAGAUACCAGGAACUCGUGACUCCAAAGCGAGUUGUUGCUGUGGUUAUCGCGAAUUGGAUCUUAAGUGCGAUUCCGAUGUUGUUGUCCAUAUGGAUUCUAAAUGCUGUUGCGAUUAUUUUAGUAUCUGUUGAAAGCGUUUGCUACCUAACUACAGCCUUUUUUUAUUUCAAGAUCUACUUAGCUGUACGUCGCCACAGUAAUCAAAUUCACGUCCUGCAAGCACAGCUAGCACAGAAUAAUGAGGGAGAUAUGACUAAUGCUGCGAGGCAGAGAAAAGCUGCAGUUGGUACAUUCUACGUGUAUCUUGUGUUUCUGAUUUGUUAUCUGCCAUCCACGUAUCUUUGGAUUAUUUACAUAAGCACUGGACCAAGUACGAUGCUAUUUCAGUUUGGACUUUAUACUAACACGCUGAUUUACCUCAAUUCAUCUCUCAACCCUCUGAUCUACUCCUGGAAGAUGAGACAUGUUCGACAUGCUAUCAUGGAAAUACUGAGAAACAUAUUACCAUAUCCAAACCAGUGA